AUGACCAUAACAUGCUUUGUUGCAAGAACUGUGUUUCCCUCGCACACGAACUGUGCUUGGACGUCAACAGCAUUGAAGCGAAAAAGCGAGAAUAUCGAGGUAGUUGAUGAAUUUCAAUCAUUUCUAAAAUCUUGUAAUGACUUACUUGUUGGCUAUAAACAAACGCGCUCAGUUGCUGUGCAAAACACGAAAGAAAUUGACUGGUAUUAUGAUCAGGCAUUGAUGGCAUUCAAACAAACGAUUUCCAAUAAACGCACACAGGAUCUCGGCAAAAUCAGUAAGGCAGCAGACGUUUGCGAUAAAAUUAUCAAUCAGCUUAAUGACACAAUUGACAAUAUAGAACAAUCUCGAGAACGUCGCAACACCACAGAAUUAUUCAUUCGCUUGAUAUCCAUCAAGAGUCAUACCGUUCUAAUUGGCGAAAAUUUGAGAAGAAUAAACCAGGACAAUUCAUUCGAAAGAUACUUCUUUCAACCAAUGUGCAAGACUUUGUGUUUUGGACAGACGCUUUCGGUAUCCACACAUACAUCCAUUAUAUUACAUGACGACGCUGAAUGCAACCAGCUCCUUGUGUGCCCUAGUGACAAUCUAAUCUGCAUCAGCCAAACUAAAAUCUCGUGCAUAAACACAUUGACAAAGAUGAAGAAUGGAAUUAAUUUCCCGAUGUUUCCGUGUUUGGCACAGUACGUCGGGAAUGAGCUUAUUGUAAUGCAAAUGGAACCACCGAGCACGCCAUCAUUCCGUAACUUGCGAGGGUCUGACGAGUCAGAUGUAGAAUUACAAGAAAACAACCUAACCACCGAUUCGUCCAAAGAUGAAAUUGCAGCGCCGGAAACAGACGUGGGCACAAGAACAACAAGCAGUGGAGGCUUGUUCGGAGCCAAAAGUCCAACACCAAGCACGGGUCUUUCGUUUGGAGCCACAAGUUCAACACCAGGCACGGUAUUUUCGUUUGGAGCCUUAAGUCCAACGCCAAGCACUGGAAGCCUGUUAAUUGCCACAAGUUCAAAACCAAGCACGUGAUUUUCGUUUGGAGCCACAAAUCCAACACCAAGCACUGGAAGACGGUUAAGAGCCACAAGUACAACACCAAGCACGGGAUUUUCGUUUGGAGCCACAAGCACAACAGCCGCAAGUGCAGCACCAAGAACCGUGGGCUUGCUUGGAGCACCAAGCACAACACCAAUUAAUGGAGGCGUGAUCGGAGCCGAAAUAUCAAUGUCGAGUACCGGGGAAAUAUCAAUGUCGCAAACAGCAAGUGUAGGAUUGUUUGGACAAGCAAGUACAACAGCAAGUACAGCAACAAAUGGAGGAAACCUGUUUGCAGUGCGAAAAGAGUUAGAAGAAGUACGCACCGAGAUAGCAGGAGUACGUCAAGACAAGCUUACAAGUGCAAAACCAAUACAGUUUCCGGUACAGGCAAUUACAUCUUUGAAAUUGAAAUAUGUAUAUGUCGAGAAAAUCUAUACUGCCCUUACACACAAUGGAACCGAUUUAAUUGCUGUUCACCUUGACCCGCUGGGAAUUGAUGAACUUGACGCUAAGGGUCACACUAAAUGCAGUACGGUUGUCAGAAAUCUCGAUGCGCUUACAUUCAAUGGGACGCAGUUCAUAAAACAUCCAACAUGUGCCGUUUACGACGUCACCGAUGACAAAAUAUAUAUCGGUGACUCUAAGAUGGACUCCGUGUUUAAGGUGACAAGAUUAGGUGAAUGCCGCUGUGUUGUGAGAUCAGAACGCCUAGCUUCGCCUUCUGGAAUUGCCCUAUGUCGUGAUGGCACUUUGAUGGUCUGUUGCAGCAAGGUUAAGUGCGUUUUAAAGGUGACCAAAGAUGGUCAUAUCUACAGCUUCAUAGGGCCUCUACAGUUCGAACCGUUGGCAUUGGCCUAUGACGAGACCAAUGGGCUGUUGUAUAUUGGUGGAAAAAGUAAUGAGAUUUACGUGUAUACUGCGUAGUGAACUGCGUAAAACGAUUGCUAUCGUAUAACGGAAGCGUAUUUACUGCAUCUAUAUAAGUAAUGCAAUGCAGAUUGUUGAUUUUUAAGUAAAAUAUCAUGUACAUACGACGUUUAUGAAAUAUAUAUGGAAGUCCUAUGUAACUGUUAAUAUCAGCGUGGCUAUGCAAAAGAAGUUCAAUUAUAACACAUACCUAAGUUGAAUUUACAAUUUAUUAUGAAUCUUCAUCGUUGACUAAUCACUUUGGCUGUAUAUUCAUUUAUUAAGGUGUGUUUUUGGUUUUAAUAUUUAUGAAUGUUAAUUUUUUCAGUUUGUUAUAACAUUCUAAAUAAGUAUUGUUAUACAAGAGUUUGACCGUUUUAUAUGAUGCUGAGAAACUCUCUAGUAUUAUUAUUUAAAUAAUUUGUAACCUUAGUAGCAUUUGAAAGUGUAACUGUGCCGUGGAAUUGUUUCUUAUUUGUAUGACCUCUACAUGGUACAUAUGACCUCUACAUGGUACAUAUGACCUCUACAUAUCAAGUCCGUUACAAUGCUUCUUUUUGACGAAACUUCGUUUGCUGUGAUAUUAAUUCCACAUAAUUGUUUUACCAUCAUACUCGCCAUUUACCCGUUGUUUAUUGGUGAUAUAGCAAACACUUAGUUUAUACGCAUGAACUAAUAACAAAGUGUUCCGAAUUUUAUGAAACGAGUAUGCAUCAUACGUUGAUGUUUGACGUUUCAGGUCAAUCAUACGUUGAUGUUUGACAUGUCAGUUCAAUCAUACGUUGAUGUUUGACAUGUCAGGUCAAUCAUACGUUGAUGUUUGACAUGUCAGGUCAAUCAUACGUUGAUGUUUGACAUGUCAGGUCAAUCAUACGUUGAUGUUUGACGUUUCAGGUCAAUCAUACGUUGAUAUUUGACAUGUCAGGUCAAUCAUACGUUGAUGUUUGACGUGUCGGGUUAAUCAUACGUUGAUGUUUGACAUGUCAGGUCAAUCAUACGUGGAUGUUUGACAUGUCAGGUCAAUCAUACGUUGAUGUUUGACAUGUCAGUUCAUUUCAAUCCAAUAAUUUGUUUCAGGAGUCAUGGUCGUUUCAUAACAUAUGAAAAGGAGGUUAAAUACCUUACACAUUUACAAAGUACUAUUAGGUUAAAAUGGCGGUACUAAAUAACAACAUUGUAUUGAUGACUUUUGUUGUUUGAUAUAGGUUUUUUAUUAGGUAACCUGGGAACAACAUGAUCAUGUUUAACUUCUAGGAAACGUUUGUCCACCGUCCGUCUUUCGUAUUCAAUUAUAACCAAAUGGAUUACAUUCUAACCAACAUGCUCGUCAUUUUUUUAAUGCUAAUUAUACACUGCUUAUAUUGGUUUAUUACAAUCUUUGAAUUCAUUUGAAUUAUGUGCUGUUUUUUAAUAUAUAUUUAAUGUUGAGAUUAUCUAGCAGUUGAUGAUAGAGAAUCAAGCUAUGUUUUUUUUGUUAUGUUAUAUCUGUACUUUUAGUUGUUAACUUAGCAUGUUUUGUAUCAUUAUUGUCCUCAGACAAACACAUACAGUGCAGGCUUUCGAUUAUAGUCCAGUUGGUCUUUUUUUUGCUAUUUUGAACAGUAUUAUGGUUGAUUGUUAUGUUUGUUAUAAUUCGUCUCUUGAUUGCUAUAGUGCUCUUACUACCAUUUUCAUUUUUUGGAGAAAAACGCAUGUAAAGGUUUAACCUUUAUUUUCUCACUUAUUUAUGCACGUAUGUGGAAAAAAAUAUACCGGAGUGUUUAUCAACAAACAGAAAAUAUCAUUAAAUAUUAA